AUGACAAAACCUUGUACUCUCUGCUCUACACCUAGAGAUAUUCUCAUCCGCUGCCAAAUCGACGAAAGCGCAAAAUGGCAUUUCGUCUGUCCUGGAGCUUGCUGGAAGUCUGUUUCUGGAGGUGUGGAAGAUGCUCGUGGCUUACAAGGAAAGUAUCCAUAUUAUAGAUAUGGAGGCAUGUGGAAAGAUAGAAGUGCCGAUGGACCUAUUAGUGCGAAGAAACCUAGAAAGGUUAAGGAGAGGCAGAAGGAAGAAAUGAAGAAGAGAGAGGAGGGAAAGGCUGCGGAUGAAUCACAUGGUGAUGAGGAAGACAGUGAUGAGUAG